UAACUAGGAAGCUGUAUUAUUUUAUUAGUAUUUAUUUUUUGCCACUUCUACUUUACAUAUUUAGCCACAUUUCCCUCUCCUUUCGAACAAAUUCAACAAAAUGGAUGCGAAAAUCGGAAAAUUCUUCGAUUCAAUCGGCGAUUUCUUCACCGGUGGAGAUCAAAUUCCUUGGUGCGACUCGGAUAUAGUCGCUGGUUGUGAACGUGAAGUUGCUGAGGCUGAAAAAGGUUCAUCUGAUGACCUUAAAAGUGAAUGCAUUAUGCGUUUGUCUUGGGCUCUUGUUCACUCAAGAAGGCCUGAAGAUAUACAGCGUGGGAUAGCAAUGCUUGAAACUUCUUUGGGUGGCAGUAGCAGUCCCUUGCAAAUGAGAGAAAAGCUUUAUCUUCUGGCUGUUGGUUACUAUAGAAGCGGAGACUUUCCAAGAAGCAGGCAGCUUGUUGAUCGUUGUUUGGAGAUUGCACCGGAUUGGAGGCAGGCCUUGACCCUCAAGAAAACAAUUGAAGAGAAAAUUACCAAAGAUGGAGUUAUUGGUAUUGGCAUUGCUGCUACUGCUGUCGGAGUUUUGGUUGGUGGAAUUGCAGCUGCUUUUGCCCGCAAGGGUUGACUUGCCAUAUAAACACAACUAGUGUGCAUAUUGAACUCAACUCUUCCUUUCUGUUAUCUCUUCUGAAGCACAUGAAUUCGUAUUUGUGAGUGCAAAAGUUUUGAUACUUUUCCUUUGAAUUGGUAGAA